UGACAUUUCAGCCAAGCCAGACGAGAGAGAGGGAACAGUGCGAGUACCACACACACACAACAAAAAAAAAAGGGGGAAGGACGAUUUUCUUUAAAAAAAACCAUAUCCUGGAAGCCUGCUGUGUUCGUUCAGAGAAAUCACCAUGCCAAAAUCAGGAGACACGAAGCAGGAGGAUGUGUCCACCGCCAUACUUCAACAGAAACAUCGGCCAAACCGACUCAUUGUGGACGAGGCCAUUAAUGAUGACAGCAGCAUCGUGUCACUGUCCCAGGUCAAGAUGGACGAGCUGCAGCUUUUCCGGGGCGACACUGUGAUGCUGAAGGGGAAGAAGCGGCGAGAGACGGUCUGCAUUGUCCUGUCGGACGAGACCUGCGCAGAGGAGAGAAUCCGCAUUAGCAGGGUGUCUCGGAAUAACCUACGUGUCCGGCUGGGUGACGUCGUAAGUAUUCAGGCAUGCCCCGAUGUGAAAUAUGGAAAGCGAAUUCACGUAUUACCCAUUGAUGACACCAUUGAAGGACUAACAGGGAACUUGUUUGAAGUUUAUCUGAAGCCCUACUUUCUGGAGGCUUAUCGACCUGUACACAAAGGAGACAUCUUCUUAAUCCGAGGCGGGAUGCGAGCUGUUGAGUUCAAGGUGGUGGAAACUGACCCAACGCCCCACUGCAUUGUGGCCCCUGACACAAUUCUCCACUGUGAGGGAGAGCCAAUCAAACGAGAGGAUGAGGAGGAGAACUUGAACGAUGUCGGCUACGAUGACAUCGGAGGAUGCCGCAAACAGCUGGCGCAGAUCAAGGAGAUGGUGGAGCUGCCCCUACGACAUCCGGCCCUCUUCAAAGCCAUCGGAGUGAAGCCUCCUCGUGGGAUCUUGCUGUACGGACCUCCAGGGACUGGGAAGACACUAGUUGCUCGGGCUGUGGCCAAUGAAACUGGAGCGUUUUUCUUCCUCAUCAACGGUCCUGAGAUUAUGAGUAAACUAGCCGGCGAGUCUGAGAGUAACCUGAGGAAGGCCUUUGAGGAAGCUGAGAAGAACGCGCCGGCCAUUAUCUUCAUCGAUGAACUGGACGCCAUCGCUCCAAAGAGAGAGAAGACUCAUGGAGAGGUGGAGCGUCGCAUUGUCUCUCAGCUCCUGACCCUAAUGGAUGGAUUGAAGCAACGCUCUCACGUCAUUGUAAUAGCAGCAACCAAUAGGCCGAACAGCAUCGACCCGGCACUCAGGAGAUUUGGUCGUUUUGACCGGGAGAUUGAUAUUGGAAUUCCUGAUUCCAUUGGGAGACUUGAGAUUCUGCAGAUUCACACUAAGAACAUGAAGUUGUCGGAUGAUGUGGAUCUUGAGCGGAUCGCCCACGAUACCCACGGGCAUGUGGGUGCAGACUUGGCAGCUCUCUGCUCCGAGGCGGCACUGCAGGCCAUUCGCAAGAAGAUGAGCAUCAUCGACCUGGAGGAUGAGACGAUCGACGCGGAUGUCCUCAACUCAAUGGCGGUGACAAUGGACGACUUCCAGUGGGCCCUGGGCCAGAGUAACCCGUCUGCUCUCCGGGAGACGGUGGUGGAGGUGCCGACAGUCACUUGGGAAGAUAUCGGAGGCCUGGAUGAGGUGAAGCGUGAGCUCCAGGAGCUGGUGCAGUACCCGGUGGAGUAUCCAGACAAGUUCCUGAAAUUCGGCAUGACCCCCUCUCGUGGUGUCCUGUUCUACGGUCCCCCUGGUUGUGGCAAGACUCUACUGGCCAAGGCGAUAGCCUGCGAAUGUCAGGCAAAUUUUGUGUCCAUCAAAGGGCCGGAGCUGCUGACCAUGUGGUUCGGGGAGUCAGAGGCCAAUGUGCGAGAUGUGUUUGACAAGGCGCGACAGGCUGCCCCGUGUAUCUUGUUCUUCGAUGAGCUGGACUCCAUUGCGAAGUCUCGUGGAGGGAACGCGGGCGAUGGGGGAGGAGCGUCCGACAGGGUCAUCAAUCAGAUCCUCACAGAAAUGGACGGCAUGUCAGACAAGAAGAACGUGUUUAUUGUUGGAGCCACAAACAGACCGGACAUCAUUGACCCAGCCAUCCUGCGGCCUGGACGCCUGGAUCAGCUGAUUUAUAUCCCCCUCCCCGAUGAGAAAUCCAGAACGUCCAUUUUGAAGGCCAACCUGAGGAAGUCGCCAAUAGCGAAGACCGUGGACUUGGCGUACCUGGCUAAAAUAACCCACGGCUUCUCGGGCGCCGACCUCACCGAGAUCUGCCAGCGGGCGUGCAAACUGGCGAUUCGGGAGGCCAUCGAGGCAGAGGUCAAGCGGGAGCAGGAACACCAAAACCACCCGGACAUCGCCAUGGAGGACGACUACGAUCCUGUCCCUGAGAUUCGCCGUGACCACUUUGAGGAGGCCAUGAGGUUCGGACGCCGAUCGGUCAGCGACAACGACAUCAGGAAAUACGAGAUGUUCGCCCAGACCCUCCAACAGAGCCGAGGCUUCGGGAACUUCAGGUUUCCAUCUGCCAAUCCAAACAGUGGACAGGGGAGUAGUGAUGGAGGGAGCGGAGGGAACCUGUAUCGUGAAGAGGGAGAUGAUGAUCUUUACAACUGAGCAGCGAGUCAAAGGUCAAAGUUUACAGGUCAUGGCUUGGGGACGGCAGCCUAUACCCUGCACCUUGUACAUCGCCAAGGACAGAACUGUUACCUUGAACCUUGCGGGGAAGCAGUACCUAAUCUGCGGCAGUUUGGACUCCGAAUUUACUUCAGCUUCACGAACUCUCUGACCCGUGUCCCAGUGUUUGGUUAAUGGCGGGUAUGGGUUGAUAGCUCAACGCUUUGUACAGUACACAGGGCGUAAAUGUGAUGGUCCAUUCACCAUUGGCUGUGUGGGGGCAAUGGGUGCACGCUUGUGUGAGUGUGUGUGCGUGUGCGUGUGUGUUUGUGUGCGAGCACGUCUGUGUGUACACUAAGACUGCCGUCCAUCCAAAUUAGCCUGGCCUUUCACAAUGUUACUGGACAAAACCAAAAACCCCAGAUUAAAAAAAGGACCUUUCUGUUUUUUAAGGUACUUCUGUGAUUUA